CUCCCGCCGCCGGUACCUGCUGCCCAGCACCGGGGCCAUGGCGGCCGAGACGCCGCGGGCCUCGCCCGGGCCCGGCGGGCUGAGGUAGAGUGGCCCGAGGUAGCGCGGCCCGAGCGCCCCCCCCUCGCGGGCUGAGGUGGUGCGGCCCGAGUACCCCCUCGCGGGCUGAGGUGGUGCGGCCCGCAGUGCUCACGUGACCUGGUGUUGACGCGUCGCCUGGCAACGGGAAGAUGGUGCGGCCGGCGGCGGGCAGAGCCCAACCGCAGCCCCAGCACCAUGGAGGAGGCCCCCGGUGCCGCAGCAGAGGGAUCUGGAGUGGAAUUCGGCUCCGCUGAGCAGAAUAUAGUCCGAGUUCCGUCACGUCUUGCUAUGGAGGCGGCAGGGAUGGAGAGCGGGGGUGGCAAUGAAGAGUCUGUUCCUCCGGAGCGCCAGGGAGAGACGUUUCCCCCAGCAGAAGCAGGACCCGCUGGAGCUACGGAGCCGUUCGUUAGUUCUGCACAAGAAAAAUCUCCUGAGACUUUCUCGGACGAAGUGGAAUUAGACAGUUGUCCUCCUGAGCUGGGUGCCAUGGAGCAGGCAGUAGCAGACAGAGGAGGUGCCAUCUGUGCGGCUGAGGAACAUGAAACAAGCGGAAGAAGUGAAGAAACUGUAGAAGAAACAGAACUGGUUGUCUUGGAUCCAGAACAUCCUCUGAUGAGAAGAUUCCAGGCUGCCCUGAAGGAUUACCUCACUAAGCAGAUGGAAGAAGUGAACCUGGAUCUCCGUGAGCUGAGGACAGCCACGAGGCGGGGCAGCGCGCAGAGGGAAGAGCUGGGGGUGGUUCUGUACGGCGCGCAGCAGCAGCUGGCGCAGCUGCAGACGGACCUGCACCAGAGCCACGAGCGCUGCGCCCGGGCGGCCGCGGCGCGGCGGCGCCUGGAGGAGGAGCUGGAGGCCGUCAGGCUCACCUACAAGAAAACGUGGCAGGACACAGAUGAUGAACGCAAGAAAGUUUCUGCGAUGCAGACCCAGGUUGAAAAGCUGGCCUUGCAUCUCUUCUACGCGCAGAAUAUGGACGAGGAGAUGCGUCAUAAUAUCUUACUGAUGAAACUGUCGGCAAGGAAGGCCGAGGCGGAGAAGGUCCAGGCUGAGGUGGAAAAGAAAAAACAGGAUCUUCUAGUAGACCUCUUAACAAGAAGAGCCUACGAGCUACAAGAGCAGAUUGCCCUGGUUGAAGCUCAGUGUGUGGCCCAGGCAGAGGACACAAAAGUAACUCGGCAAGCGGUCAAUGAGGCUUGUAUGGAGAUGCAGGCUAUUAACGUGGAGAAGAAGCGACUGAUGAACAACUGGAGUAGCAGCUUGGUUGGAAUGAAGCAAAGAGACGAGGCCUAUAUUGCCACCCAGGAGCUGCUGAGCAAGUACAGAGAUGAGCUGAAGACCCUAGAAACGGACAUCAAUGGCUGUAGAAAGUCAAUCAGGAAGGAGGAGGAGAAGAACGAGCUGCUUGUCACCAUGCUGAGCCGUUCACAGAACAAUGCCAAGACGACCACGAAGCUGAUUGCCCGGUGCCUCUCGAGGCAGGAGGCCCUGAAGGCUGAACUGAGCACCUACGCCCGUGUUCUCCAUGAGACAGAGCAGGCUCUCAGCAGGACCAAGAUGGAUCAAGCUACCCGUCUGCGUGAGUUGCUGUUCGUCCGCAAGGAUAUAGAGAGAGCAACGGAUGCCAAAGAGCUGCUGGAGAAUGAAAUCAUGGAGAAGGUUCAGGAACAGAUGAUGUCCAGCAAAGCCACAAAUCACUUCUCGCAGCUGGCUGCAAAACUUCGCAGGAGAAGAACGGAUCUGGAGCUGGAUUUUUGCAAGGUUGAGAAUGAUAUCGCCCAGGUUGUUCUGAAUGCAACUCAUACCACCGGCAGGCUGACAAUUCUGCAAAAAACGCUUGGUGAGCUGGACAAGGAAAUAAAAACCGUCCAUGAUCUGAUCAGCCGCAGUGAGAGCGAGAUUGCAAAGUGCCGUCUCCUGAGUGAGAACAAGCAGGUGGUCGUGAUCCAGUGCAACAAGAGGCUGGAGGUGCUUCUUUCCCAGCUGGGGGGGAAAGAACUGGGACCCCUGGAGAUUGAGAUCAACAAGCUGACCAAGGAGAUAGAAGAAUGCAAUUCUGAGCUGCUGAUGCUGCAGAAGUACUGGCUCAAUCUGCAGAAAGAGCUGGUGAAGUUAACGCAGGAACGGGAAGAGCAAUUAGCCUCUUUGGACUUGUUGAAGAAGCGGCUCACAAUAAUGCAGCAGAAGAAAGUACGCACUGAAAAUGAAAUUCAGCAGGAAACAAAGGAACAGAAGGACCUGGAACGUCACAUGAGGCACAUGUCGAAUGACUUGAUAAAGUUGAAUGUGCUGAUCCACAAGAACAACAACAGCUUUGAGGAGCUGCAAAGCGGCAACAUUAUCACAGAGAACGAGUUCCUACGCUCUCUCAAGGCAGCAGAAAAAGAAUCCCUUGAGCUGCAGGAGAAGCACGGUCAACUGGCUGAGGAGAAGGAAAGGCUCCUCAACAGCCUGGUGGAAGCAGAGCACCAAAUCAUGCUGUGGGAGAAAAAGAUCCAGCUGACAAAAGAGAUGCGUGCGGCGAUGGAUUCUGAGACAGGAGAAGGCGAAAUCCAGGCCAUGAGAAGAGAGAUUCACAGGAUGCAAGUCCGCUAUGGCCAGCUGAUGAAGCAGCAGGAGAAGAUGAUUCGUGAUAUGGAGGCGUCUGUUUCUCGUAGAGAGACCAUAGCGAUUCGUGGAGAGGCUCAGAACAAAAUGGACAAGAAGCGUAUCUCCAGGAGUGACUUCCACCGCAAGAAACAGGAGCUGAGAAAGAAGAUCAGCGAAACCCAGCAGAACACUGAAGACUGCAGCAGAGCCAUCGUGGAGCUGGAGAGCACCCACGCGGCCCUCAGUGCCUCCCUGCUGGCCAAGCAGCAAGAGCUGUGCAGACUGCAGGCGGAGUCCGAUGGGCUCGACUGGGACACAGAAUGUCUUCGGAACACGAAGCGAUGGAACCUGUUGGAGAUUGUGGCCUACCAGUCGCGCCAGAAGCAUCUGCAGGCGCUGAAGGAGGGGAAGUACAGUCCCCUGUGCCGCACGGAACAGGCCUGGAGGGGCGAGCAGCAGAAACUGCAGGACCGGCUCCGCACCAUUGACAGCAUUGUCCACCGGGUCCAGCAGGAGCAUCCUCAGCACCACAGGGCUCUGCAGUGGCUCCGACAGUGCCUGGGGUCCAGGCUCAGCUCGCAGGAAGCCUGACAGAGGCACAGAAAAAUACAUAUAAAAGAUGCAUAUAUAUAUAUAUUCUUGUUCUGCUGGAGACUGCGGGCCUUGUCCCUGAAUAAAUAUUUAAAAAUAA